CGCUUGCUUGUUUGCUGGCUGGUUUGAUGCGUUGGUUGGUUGGCUGGUUGAUGUGGACUCAAUGACUGGGGGCUUCGACGGUGCUUGGCAAAGUUGAUUCAGUUUCAAUUGAGUAUCCGUCGUGUAACAACGUCGUAAACGGUGGCAACGCGCGUCUAUGUGCAACAAACCGGAAUUCUAAAGGGUAGUCAGUUCGGUGGUUUUGUGUGCUUUAACAAAUCGAAAACAACAAAAACACACACAAAGUGUUUUAAACAAAAAGAAAAAACUAAAUAAAUGUGUUUAAUAAAUAAAUAAAAUACAAAAACAAAAUUAAUGAGUUAUUGAAAAAAAAGUAAAUAAAAAUGUUUCAGUGUUACCAGUGAAUGGAAAAAACAAAUGCUAGAACUUCAAUAACAAUUUUCAACGCUAUCAUUUGAAUAUGUUUUAUUAAUAACUUUUUAAAAGUGCCGAAUUUUUACUCAACUAAUUGCUGUGCAUAUAUCCAUUGCGUACAAUUUGAUUUUUGACUCAGCGUCGCCUACAGCAUGAGUUUACCCAACGGCGUGGAUAUGCAAAAUUUAAUGUCUCAACAUCCAGUUUUAGGCGCUCUACCACCCGCUUUCUUUCUACGCGCCGCUUCGGAGCGUUAUCAGCGUACACCGAAAUGUGCGCGUUGUCGCAAUCAUGGCGUGGUGAGCGCCCUGAAAGGACACAAACGUUAUUGCCGUUGGCGAGAUUGUGUUUGUGCGAAAUGCACAUUGAUUGCGGAGCGACAACGCGUUAUGGCCGCACAGGUACGCAUUAAGGUCGAUUCACAACUAACAGCACGGAACGAUGCGUUACAAUACUUUAGAAACUGCUAUCAAGUUGCGCUACGUCGCCAACAAGCACAAGAGGAAAACGAGGCACGCGAAUUGGGCCUACUCUACACCAAUGUGCCGCCGGGACAGUCGAAUGGUGUUGAUGGAGGCGGCGGCGGCGGUGUUGUCACACCGAAUCAGCACAGUCCCGCGCCACCAAUGACAAAUGCAGCUGGUUUUCACCCCGGCAUACCGUCACCGCCCAGCGAUGGCUUGGACACCAGCAACAGUCAGCGUAUACAGUAUAACGGCAAUGAAUCAGAUACGGAUGUGCGUAUGCGUUCUUCGGAGCGUCUCUCGAUGGGCUAUUCGCCGGAUCGCAGUACCGAAGUGGAAAGUCCAGGUUCGAAACGCGCACGCCUCUCCAAUGAGACCGAUCAAGACACCGGCUCCGAGUCGUCGCCCAGCAGUCCACGCAUGAAGUCCCGCAACUACCAUGACAGCGGCAAUAUUUCGCCCAGCCGCACCGGGCCGCCCAGUUCGCCGGAAUCCGAUCUCGAUGUGGACUCAGCGCCCGACGAAGCGACACCCGAGAAUCUCAGUCUGAAGAAAGAAGACUCCACUUCGCCACCAAACACGCCCACUGAUAAUCUGCAUUUGCUACGCACAUUCAAUAAUGGCGCCGCACAGGGUUUCAUGCCAUAUCAUCACACGCAGUUCCUCGCGGCUGCCAUGCCUGCUGCUGCCGCCGCCGCCGCUGCCGGCGUUGGUGUACAUCCACACAGCCAGCAUUCACCGCAUGCACAUCAUCAGCAGCAUCAACAUCAUGCGGCGCAUCAUCAGCAGCAGCAUCAACAGCAACAACACCAGCAGCAGCAACAACAACAGCAGCAUGCGCUGCCACUUGCAAUGAUGCAACAACAAAUCCAAGCUGCACAACCACAACAACGUUCACCCGUCGAUGUGCUGCUGCGCGUCUUUCCCAAUCGCCGUCGCAGUGACGUCGAACAGUUGUUGGCGCGCUAUCGCGGUGACGUACUCCAAGCCAUGGAGGCUAUGCUCUCCGGUGAAGACAUGACGCAGGCGCUGGCUUCCGCAGCCGUGGCGGCAGCUGCUGCAUCGGCCGCCGCGUCACCACCGAAUGUGCCGCCUUCACCGCCAUUCCCGCUCAAAUCGGCCUUCUCACCGCUGGUGCCACCCGCUGCCGUGUUCGGUUCACCAACACACCGUUACCCACCCUUCAUGCAGGCGCAUGCGAAGCGGUUCCUUGCCGGUCCGUAUGCGGGCGCCGCGUACUUGCCCGGUGUGCUGCCGCCCGAUGUGAUCGAUCAGGCUGAGUCGAAUGGCGGUGCGUCAAUGGAUCGCAACAGCAAUGCCGGCGACUCACAAGAUUGAAAAAGCUGCUGCAAGCAGUGCCCAUUGGGUGUGAGUAAUAUGUUCAGACCGUAUGUGUAGCAUGGGCAUGGGAGGCGACUGUGGCCUCGCUCCGCUGCACAUCACUCAGCAGAGGUGAUUUCAUUCCGUGUAUAUAUGUUGUCUUUUGUAAAUAGUGGUAACUUCAAAU